CAUCUGGUAACACUGCUUCCACUAUCGAUGUUUCAUUUGCCGGUCAACGAAAUAUUAAUAUUUCCCGAAAAAAAGUCAAAUUGACACUUUAAAGAGUGAAAAUCAAACCGGAAAUGGAGCUCGAACUGGACGUGGUGGACUCGCUGCAGGCGCUGGCCUACAGCGGACCCUGCCUGCAGCAGGAGAACCUUAGCCGAGCGCUGGACGCCGGAAUCGGUAGCCCCGAGUUGCGGGCCGUCAUCCAUUGGCUGGCCCACGAACUGCAUGUGCUGCGCAAGACGGACGAGCGGGUCAGCUCCGGCAGUGGGGAUCACGACGAGUUCACCUUUGAGCUUGGUCUGCUGCUGACCGAACUGGGCUGUCCCUAUCGCUGUCUUGUUUCCGGUGCGAUGGAGGAAAGAUUCCGGAGCAGGGAGGCGCUGGUACAGCUGCUGGAGUACCUUACCUCAGAGCUGAUGACCACCAAGAUGUUGCUGAAGGCCCAGCCCGUGGGGGCUCCGCCCUGCAAACGGAGCAAGGCCAGUGACUCCAAUGUGCAGCAGGUUGUGGAACAGCUGGCCAAGGAUUUGCAGCUGGGCGAGCUGCCACAGAACAUCAGCACACAGUGGCUGUUCGAGCAGAUUACGCCUCGUCUGGACCAGAAGCUGAAGCAGACCAAUCGCCUGGUGGUCAGCGAGCCGCUGCUGAAAUUGAAGAAGCCUCUGACCGAUGCAAAUUGGCGUCUGCUGGAGUCCAUGCACCGCGAACUGGAGGCGGAGUAUAAUCUGCGCCGGCAGAUGAUGACCACGCGACUGGAGGCCACCGUGCAGAGCUUUCAGUGGUCGGAAACGAUGCGCCAGCGUGCAAAUGAGAUAACAGAGCGGUUCCAGCGCAAGAUGCGGGAGCUGGACCAGUUCAGAGUCGGCGGCAAUCAAACUGACUUGGUGGCCCUGCUGGCCGCCCGCUCUGACUUGGCCAUCAUAGAGAAGACUAGCUCGGCAAAUGUCCGCAAGAAUACGGCUUCGAAGAUCCAGAAGCAUGUCAUGGGACACGUUCCGGAUCGCGGUGGUCGGGCCAACGAGCAUGCUCCGCCGCCGCCUGAAAUGCCCUCCUGGCAGCAGCAGAGGGCUGGUGGUCCACCAGGAGGCGGGCGUGGCGGUGGUGGCAACUUCAGGGGCGGUCGUGGAGGAGGAGGAGGCGGUGGCGGAGGAGGAGGCGGCGGAGGUAAUUGGCAGCAACCUCAGCAGCAGCAACAACAGCAUCAGCAGCAGUAUCAGCAGCAGCAUCAGCAGCAGCAGCAACAUUACUCUCAAAACCAACGCGAUCGAAGUCAGGAUCGGAACGACCAGCAAUGGAUAGGCGGCAGUGGACGUGUCCAGGGAACAGGAUGGAACGGUGGAGGACGAGGAGGUGGACGUGGUGGACAUGGCGGCCAUGGUGGACGCGGAGGCCAUCGAGGCGGCUAUCGAUGAGUUUCGAUACCUGAUUUGAAGCCAGCAACUGGGAGACCUACAACGACUGAUCCUCUUAUAACUUACCCCUUUCCGCACACACAUAACCCAGUUUAAUUUAUUGCUAAACCGGAUGAAUCUGUUUAUAAUUGCAAAUGGACGCCAUUUAAAAAAAAUAAACUAUAUAUGUCAUCUCUAUGCCAAGCAAA